AUGAGGUCGUCUACGACAACUCCUGGACCAGGUGGUGGUGGUGGUGGUGGUGCCGCCGCCGCGGCAGUCCUAUUUCUGUUGGCUUCGACCCCCUACGUCCAGGCCGCUCCUUCGCCUCACGACUGCAAACUCUCUCCCGGUUUCUGUCAAUGCGUACCAAACACACCCGGCUGCUCCGCUGACGGCAAGCCUUGUUUCCAAGGCGCCCCUGGAUGUGGUGGUUUACCCGCGAGUGCAUCGUCCGGACUGGUGCCGGCGCCAUCCGCUUCUAACGGCCUUGCCGAUGCUGCUACUGCUGGGAAAGCACAACCCUCGGGACUACCACUGGGGGCAGCACCACCAGCUGGCACUCCAAACUUGGGGUCUGGAGGGAGCGCUGGUCCGCUCAGAGCGGACCCUAUCGCUCCACCUGCAUUGCCUGCAAGCGCUCACGGUCAGAGUGGUGGUGGCAAUGGUGCAGGUGCUGCCGCUCCUGGUGUGCUGCAGGAUCCUGCGCAAGCCGCACCUGUGCCUGGCUCUGCGACCUUCAGCGCUGCCGUGGGUGGCGCUACACCAAUCGACGGACCGCUCGGGAGACCAGCAUACACUCCACUUCCGGCCGCCGGCGUCCCAACUAUCAACAACAACACCAGCGGCGUCAACAUAGGCCUCGUCGCCGGUGUCCCCAUCGCCUUAAUUGUCCUCCUGAUUGGCGCGGUCUUUGCCAUCAGGCACCACCAGCGACGAUCGGCAGGCGCAAAAACUCCCUACGGAAACGUACCCGAAAUGAUAGCGACCAAGCCAGAUGCCAAUGCCCGUGGACCACCCUCAGCAGGCCUUGCACCGCUGCUGCUGCGACCGGAACUCAUGUCUCCAUCUUCGUCCGCCGGACCCGAGUACCCUUACUCGCCCAUGUCACCGAUCUCGAGCGCGACGCCCUUGGCUCCGGAUGCCCAUGCUGGACAUGAGCUGUUGCCUGUCAAGACUGUCGGUGGUGCCGCAGCUGGUGUUGGUGCCGCCGCUGUGCUUGCAGCUGGACGUACUUCGUCCUCGUCUCGUGCGACGUUGUCAACUGCCUCUCGGGCUUCGCAUGAUGGACAUGUUGCUCCUGUCAGCACAUCAUCGCGCACGGCAUCCUUGAGCGACACGACCGGUGUUUCAACAUCCUCCGUCCCACCGCACGUUGACAUCGUCCCGCCGCUCAGCCGCUCAAACCCCAACGUCUCAACUACCACCUUCUCCCGCGACAUGAACGAAGUCAUUGGCCGUCUCGCUCAACCCAGCAACCUCACCGACCUGGCCGCAAAAGGCGCCGCCGCAUCCGUCACCCUCGCCGCAAUGGAACACGACACCGCCUCGGAAGACACCAUCCCUUUCCCCACAUCCCCUGCAACAACCCUUGACCGCACCCUUGACCGCACCCUCGAUCGCAUGCUCGAUCGCACCCUCGACCGCAAGCCCCGCACAAACUCCAUCUCCUCCCGCGCCUCCACCCGCUCCCACCUCUCCCGCUUCCUCCCGCCCACCCUAACCCGCCGCGCCACCCUCAGAACAAUGGACGAAAUCAUCACCGUCGUCGACGAACGCACCGGCACAGUCCUCGACAAAAAGACCGUCACCGUCACCGAGUACGGAGGCGAUAUACAAGAUCUGGAGGCACACAGUGCGCAGAUUGAGAUUGCGGGCGCCGAGGUUGCGCUGGUGGGUGAGACGGUUGUUGUGGAAUGGAAUAAAGGGGAGGGGGAUGGCGAGAUGCAGGAGGUUGUGACGACCGUGACGGACCGGGACGGGGAUAUUGUGAGUGUCAAAGCGAGCACGCCGGGGGGCAGUUCACCCCCGACGGCGGUGGGUACGCCUGUGGAGGAGAGGGAGGGGUUGGCGGAGGGUGUUAGGGGGUCGCCGAUGGAGUUGGAGGGUCGGGAUGUGGAUCCGAUGGACGGAGCUGUACCCGUUGGAGAUCAGCAUAGGGAAGGGCAGAUCGCAUCGGCCGCCGAGCCGGGAUACCUUCCUGCGGAGGCAGCACUACAAGAGGCACACGUAGCCCGUGCGCCUUCGACGGAGCAAUUCGCUGCAGCGGCCUCAACGGUCCCGCUUGCCGCCACCGCUUUGGAAAGUCGAGGGAGCCCAAAAGCGGUUGACCCGCCAGCGGCCGUGGCUACUGCUGAUAGUCCGUCGGAAACACACGUUGCUGAUAACCAGUCGACAAAGCCAGGGAGCGAGACGAGCCCGGUCAUCGCUGAGGGUGAAGGUACCCCUGUCGUUGCGGAAAACCAAGCCGCUGAUGUGCAGUCGACUCCGGUAGCCGUCGAGGACCAGACAAUCCCAGAUGCCAGCGAUGUGCAACCAGCCAAGGCCGCGUCUCCUUCUGAAUUUGAAGCGGCAAGCCCAUCAUCUACGGCCGAGCUCGCUACAGCAGCCGCCGGAGUCGCGUCCCUAUCGCACCCCUCGCAAUCCCUCCCAUCACCCCCCGAAACCCCGCGCAACAGCUACCGCUCAACCCACACCACCUCCUCCCCCUCCACCCCCGCGCGCCCAACCCGCAGCACCUCCCGCCCGCGCUACACCCCCACCCCGAUCCCGGAAGAGGAACCCCUCCCCGACCUCUCCGCCUACCACCCGCCCGCGCCGACCUCCCACGUCUGCAUCCAGCCCUACCACCCGGUCCGCCCGGACGAGAUGGCGAUGCAAGUCGGCGACCUGGUUGGCAUCGAGCGCGAGUACGCGGACGGGUGGGCGCGCGGGCAGAACAUCACGCACGGCCGGCAACGCGCCCACUUCCCGCUCGCCAUCCUCACCCCCAUCAAGAGCGGGCCCAGCCAGCGCGUCGCCAAGAUCGCCGGCCGCGCGUGGCUAGGACGCCCCGAGCACGACUCCCCCGACGAGAAAAAAGGACAUCGCGGAUCCGUCGUGCCCCCGCAAAGGUCCCACUCCCUCCCCUUACGACGAUCCCCCACACUCACCUCCGCCGCGGAACACGCCCCCCCACCGCCCUCCGAACACGAACACGAAGACGAACACGAAGACGAACACCACCCCCCGCAGCUCAUCACCCACCACCGCGAAACACACCCGGACGGCGAAACGGUCACCACUACUACCACCCGCCACCUCGACCCCGAGACCGCCCUGCCCACCCGCAUCACCAAGGUCGAGAAACGCUCCCAGAUCAGGAAUCCGGACGGAACGGUUACGAAACGGGUUAGCGUGGUUAAUGUCACUGACCCGGAGGUCUCGUAG